AAAUAUCAUCAGGAAAUAGGCCAGAAGGUCGGUUGAUACCAGCCAAUUUACACACCAUAGCCAAAACAUUGUUAGUGUAAUGACCGUUGGCUUAAUUACAAUGCUCUCUCAACUACUUUGAGCAUUUAAGAGUCUCAACAAACUUCAUCUGUCUCAUUGUCUAUUAACUUUCUCUCAUUCCUCACUCCAUUAAGAAUCAUUCACACCUGCUUCGCCAAACACCUUUUUGCUAUACAUAAUACAAACCAGAAAAUUGGAGUGAAACUUAAAUAUGGCAUGUAAGGUUGCUACAUUGCUGUUCUUGGUUAAUCUGCUACUGCAAAUAGCAAAAAUAAGUGCAAUAGUCCCUGCAAUUAUAGUGUUUGGAGAUUCUACGGUGGAUCCCGGGAACAACAACCAGAUAUCUACUGUCCUAAAGAGCAAUUUUCAGCCAUAUGGGAGGGAUUACUUUGAUGGUCAGCCAACUGGACGUUUUUCCAAUGGUAGGAUUGCGACAGACUUCGUUUCUGAAGCCUUUGGGAUCAAGCCAGCAAUACCUGCAUAUCUGGAUCCAAAGUUCGACAUAAAAGAUUUUGCUACUGGAGUUUCCUUCGCUUCGGCUGGAACUGGUUAUGACAAUGCUACUUCCGAUGUGCUAUCUGUCAUACCUUUCUGGAAGGAACUGGAGUACUACAAAGAAUAUCAGAACAAGCUAAGAGUCUAUCUAGGCAAUGAAAUUGCUAAUCAUCAUUUGAGUGAAUCACUGCACCUGAUAAGCAUAGGAACCAAUGACUUUCUAGAGAACUACUACAUUUUCCCGACCAGAUCUUCAGAGUAUUCUGUCGAUGAGUAUCAGAUUUUUCUGAUAGGAAUCGCCAGCAAUUUCAUCAGAGAGCUGUACAAACUGGGAGCUCGGAAGAUAGCAAUUGGUGGUCUUCCUCCAAUGGGAUGUUUACCAUUGGAAAGAACGACAAAUGCGUUCUUUGGAAGUGAGUGCAUCGAGGAGUACAACAAUGUGGCUAAAGAUUUCAACAAAAAGUUAGAGAUUGCAGUGUCAGAGCUGAAACAGGAGCUUGGUGGAAUCCAACUGGUGCAGUCAAACCCCUAUGAUAAGCUCUUAGAAAUGAUCCAGAAUCCAAGUUACUUUGGAUUUGAAUAUGCAGAAACAGCAUGUUGUGGGACUGGACUCUUCGAGAUGAGUUACCUAUGUGACCAAAUGAACCCGUUUACAUGUUUAGAUGCCAAUAAAUAUGUAUUCUGGGACUCCUUUCACCCAACAGAGAAAACAAACGCCAUUUUGGCUGAUUAUGUGGUCAAAACUGCCCUAGCUCAGUUCCUAUAAUCACUAAAAGUAAAAGCAAGAAGCACUGGUUCAUUGUUGUACAACUACAUUUGGUAUUAUUUCAAUGGCUAUUAAACUUAUUAAUGCCUUUUCAAGUACAUUCCAUGAAGGAAAAUAUAUCAAACAAAUAAAUCAACUGGAAAACCGCAGAUUAGAUGAAUUUUACCAUAAGAACCAGUUUAAACUUUAAAUCAAGUAAGAUCAUCCCCCAAUUGGAAACAACAAAUAUUUUUAGGAAAACAUUCUGUUGUGAUCAUUCAUUGACAAUGGAUUUUACAUUUGGCACAAUCAGAUAUCCAUUUUUUGGUAGAGUUCGGAUACAACAAAAGCCA